CUGGACGUGGCAUCUGAGGACGCACCUGUUUGGUGUGGAUACACAGUAUAGACCGGCCAUACUGAGUACCUUCUGUUUUUAUAGGUUUUUAUUAUUAGUUAUAUUUCCUAUCAAGUGAGAUCCUUAUACAACAUGGGACUCACGAUUUCCUCGCUGUUUUCCAAACUCUUCGGAAAGAAACAGAUGCGAAUACUUAUGGUUGGUUUGGAUGCUGCUGGAAAAACUACUAUUCUGUACAAACUAAAGCUUGGGGAGAUUGUAACCACCAUUCCAACUAUUGGUUUUAAUGUGGAAACUGUUGAAUAUAAGAACAUUUGCUUCACUGUAUGGGAUGUUGGUGGCCAGGACAAAAUCAGACCUUUGUGGAGGCACUACUUCCAGAACACACAGGGCCUUAUAUUUGUGGUGGAUAGCAAUGACAGAGAGAGAAUAGCAGAAUCUGCAGAGGAAUUGUCUAAAAUGUUACAGGAGGAUGAUCUCAGAGAUGCAGUGCUGCUUGUAUUUGCUAACAAACAGGACUUGCCCAAUGCUAUGGCAGUGAGUGACUUGACAGACAAAUUGGGUCUACACAGCCUCCGGAGCCGAACUUGGCAUGUUCAGGCCACAUGUGCUACUCAAGGCACAGGUCUGUAUGAGGGACUGGACUGGUUAUCCAAUGAACUGUCAAAGCGCUAAAUUGUGAAGAAGACCAGGUUGGGAAGGACCAGAAGACAAGCAGUUGAAAGAGAGUGAAAGGAUAGAAGACAGAGAUGUGCCAGACAAGCAUUUAUCUUGAGGGAAACUCACUGGUGUCGUAUUUGUUGGGUAGUACUUGAAUGAACUUUGAAAUCAGUUCCUGUUCUGAAAUGUUUUCGCCACAUUUCUUCCUCAUUUUCCUCAAACCGGCACUCUGUACACAUUUUUUUUUUUUUUUAUUCCACUACAAUUCUCUAUAGUACAAGGUUUUGAGUUGCAUGUUCUAAGACUAUGAAACACACAAUUAUUUGGUGUUUGUGAGAAUUAAUGAUGUAUUUUAGGGGUGUGGGUUCAUUUGGACAUUAAUAGGAAGAAAGGUUUUUCUCCUUUAGUGCAAGUAAUUCCAUAAAGCAACCUCUGAAGACAAGUUCCAUUCCAUAAGUAUAUGAUGGACCUUCUGUCACUGUAAGGGCCUUUGAUGCAAUAAAGAUACUUUUUAAACUGCAA